CCCAUCGAGAAAUCGUGAGUCGUGCCUUGUCUUCUUGUUCUUCGCGCGUGUCUCGACACUGGGAGUGUGGUGGUACUAGGUGGGUUACGCUACCUGCGUCCUAACCGUCGGACUGGCCGACUUCGCCCUGCUAGCCUGGGCCCCUCUAUCCUUUCCAAACUUUAUGGAACUUUAUGCCUGCAAUUUUCUUGAUAUCACCGUCCUCCCUCCGACACAGCUCGUCCCGAUCCUGGACCUGUAGACUUCCCACAUUGAACCACUCCGGCAGUCUUCCUGUGGUCAGCGGUCGACUUCGCGCUCGCGCAGCACGGUCCGCAAACCCCGACACAUUCUAAUCGUACCAUCGGCGUUCGGUCUCUCCCACUUAGAGUCUUCCUUGGAGUCGUCAGCGGCAAAGGUCUCUUGGCAUUGUUGCGAUUUCACCAUGACGCGCAUUGUCCUCUCCACCGGGAACAUCAUCUCGGGCGGACCGUCGAUCAUUCGCAAGCCCGGUACCACGCGCUCGAACCUCGAACUCGUCAACUCGCUCCGUAGCAGCUUCGCCGCGGCCCAGCAGGACUAUGGCGGCGCAGACUGGGCUGCGCAGACGCCGGACGGGACCAACGGCGUUGUAGCACAGCAGACGAAUGGCACUAGCACCACAACCACUGCGGCCACGACCCCAGCUGCGGCGUGGACGGCCCGGGAAGACGGCACGCUGUAUAUCCCACGGAUCGACUGGUCUGGCGCGGCGCUGCAGGAGGACCGGGACCAGUACGAAAUCACCCUCAAGAUGUUCUUUCUGCCCACGGCGCCCGUGGCCCAGCGGGAAGCGUACAUCACACAAGCCUUGGACCUGGUCGGCAAGGAACUCGGCUUUAGCGGCAGCAGCAGCAGCGACAGCCAAAAGUUCACAGUGGACCUGCUUAUCGUGUCGUUCCCGGGCAUCUCGUUCGAGGGCGACUGCGAGUGGGAGGCGGACAAGAAGAACGCCAAGAUGGGCAACGACGCCGACGAGCUGGCGACGUGGACCGCGCUCGAGGCCCUGCACGCCCAGGGCCGCAUCGGCCGCCUGGGCAUCGCCGAGUUUGGCAGCGAGAAGCUCCAGCGGUUCCUCGAGAAGGUGCAGACCCGCCCGGCCGUGGACCAGAUCAAUGUCAAGAACUGCUGCAGCGUGCCCCCGCCCCUCGUCCAGCUCGCCAAGCGGGAAGGCAUCGAGCUCCUCACGCACAGCGACUGCACGGACAUCCUGCCUGGCGGGACGCUGCGGGAGCUCCUGGGCCCGAAAGAGAAGGGCGGCGCUGAUGUGCUUGCAAGUGGGGGUGGUCGUGUCGGCGAGGAGGAGGAGAACGGGGAAGAGGCUGCUGGUCACGGCCGGUUAACGGGAGACUUGCUGCCAGAAUGGGUUGUCAAGUACACGGCGUUUGUCAAGGACCGGGGCGUCAUCGAGAACAAGGGCUAUUUCGCGGGUGCCGAGCUGGCGGACGACGAUGACGGCACGGCGGCGCAGCGGGAUCCCAAGAGGGUCAAGAUGCAGUAGCUGUGGGUGUCCUUGUGUCUGUUCGCCACCCGUCCGCCCGUUCGUUCUUUCUGGCAUACAUAUUUCGAUCCCAGCAUAGCUUUCAGGAACAUGGCUUGUCUUCAUCAUCAUUCAUUGCACCGUGUCCUUCACAUAUUCCAGACUUGGCGGCAACGUGGCACGACGCAUUCAAUCUGAGACGCU